AUGGACUUCCAAACAAGCGAAGCCUACAAAUGUUACAACACCCGUAAUCGCCCUGAUGAUAAGUUACCGCCACUCGACUUCCAGGAUGGAAUCCUCCACCUCGUUCACGGAGAGGUCUUUUGCCGAUGGCGCGAGGACAUCAGCGGAGUUCUUUGCAUACAUGACGACCAUAAGACCGGGCAUUCCCUCCGACAACACUACGAAAGAGUUCAUGGUGCAAAGCUCGCUCAGGAAUAUCCUACCCAAGGAGAAGGAAACCAAGCUAGAAUUUUGAGAUGGUACGCAGACAUUGCCAACGAACUUCUACCCUCCUGGCCGCGUUCUGUCCAGGUGGCUCAACUGGCUGGUCAGGACCUACCUAGGGGCAACGAAGCAAAUCAAAUGGACUACCAGAGCGCAGUCAGACUCACACGUCUAUUCAACGAGCAUGGCCCAGACGUGCCAUCAAAGGUCAGCGAAGAGCUGCGUCGUCUACUUAUCGACGGUGUGUUUCAGCACAAAAUGGCUCAAACGGAUGGCCCAGAAAGCACCCGAUCAGUAUGGAGAUGUUUGAUAAUGUAA